AUGAAAUGGGAUAUCACUCAAUGGUCGCAAGAGUGUCAAAAAUGCCUGUGUGACAUGCAUCGCCACCCCAUGACUCCAGGGUUGAAACCCAUCGUUACAUCGAAGCCUUUUGAAUUGGCAGGCGUCGAUAUCUUAGAAAUGGGGUCAACGUACAACGGGAACCGUUAUAUACUUAGCAUGAUUUAUCACGUUCCAAAGUUUGUUAAAGCAUACGCCAUCUCAUCAAAGACAGCUACGGAAAAGGCUAGAGUGUUCUUUGAAAGGUGGGUCGCUGUGAGAGGACAUCAAGGAGGGGAGUUCGACAAUCGAUUGGUGCAAGAGCUCAGAUCACUUCUAGGCAUCGACCAUGUCUACGCAAAGGACACUCUCAUUUUGCGUUUCGCUUAUAAUACGACGGUCCACGAGUCUACUGGAGAGUCACCGUGCUACUUGUUACACGGAUUCGAUCCUUAUAUCCUCGAAGAACCUAGCAAAUAUGUAGUAGAUACUGAAAACUACACGCAUGAGGUAUUCGCGGCCACCAACAUUGCGCGCGAGUACGCGCGAGAUGAGGGCAAUGGGAUGCGUCGGAAGAUGAAGCUCGCAUAUAGUGGAACAACCGUUUAUGUACCAGACUACCGAGGAUCGAUGGUAGGGUGUAAAUGGAAGUUGGGCGCGAGAAGCAGUUAUCUCAAAAUCUUGAGCUGGUCAACCCCUGGGAACUGCCAUACCGUGUGUAGACACGAGCGAGAGUAG